ACACCAGGUGAAAAAAGUGGGGUGCAGCCGAUAUGACAUCCAGCAUCAGUUCUCUCUCCGGAGUUGCAAGAGCAUCACUGUCGUGUGUUAGCGUUCAGUCUGCGGUCGUGCGCGAAAGCGAGAGCACUUCUUGCAACAAUAGACUUUUAUUCUUAUCGGAGGGGCAUCAAGCACGUGCGAUUACUAAUUAUUGAGGAAGACUCUUCGAUUAAUUAUCAAGUGGUCAGCGACCUUGCCAUUGACCUUUUAUAAUAGUGAUUAUGUCGGUUUUUCGCGAGUGAGAUGCUCUUUAUGGUCGGACAAGACAUGACGAAUGUUAACAGAAUCAGGGUUGUGGUUUUAGGGAGUCCCCGAGUCGGUAAAUCAGCUGUCACCGUUCGCUACCUAACGAAGCGUUAUAUUGGAGAAUACAGUUCGACGAGUGAUUUUCUAUACCGACACAACGUGACGUUCGACAACGUGACAACGGAAGUCGAAAUCCUCGACACGUCAAAGUGUGCGAAGAACGGCUGUUUGUACGAACAUAUUCGGUGGGGUGAAGCCUUUGUUAUAGUCUAUUCGGUUAGUGAUAGACACAGUUUUCACGAAGCUCAGGAAAUUUUGAGUCAGUUGGCCAAGUUGAAGUUGCCCUCGUAUUACACCAGUUUGCUGUUGGGGAACAAGAGGGAUUUGGACCACUCGAGGCAAAUAUGUGUGGACGAUGGCCAGGAGCUGUCUCUUCAGUACGGUUGCCAGUUUUACGAAGUCAGCGCCGCUGAAAACUUCGCGGGGGUUUCCCUCGCGUUCCAGUCCCUCCUUCGGGAGGCCCGCUCAGUCCAGUUACUCAAAGCCCUCCCAAUUCGGCGAAAACUGGGUGUGAACAGCGUGUCCAAAGUCUUAGGCAACAUAUUCGGGAAGAAUUCGAAAGGCGACCGCAAGAAACGGCCAUCACUUAGUAUAUAACAUAGCUAUUUAAAAUCACACAAAAUUCAAAGUUCCUUAUUUAUUAAUUAAUUAAUUGCUUUCGUUGCCUUAUUCUAAAAGAAGUAAAAUGAGAUGUAAGGACAAAAGACUGAUUUAGGACUGGCAAGUGUGGAUUUGUGAUGUUGGAAGAUUGUAAAUAUAGGGUUUUUAAGCGCGUAACUAAAAGUUAUACAGUAACAUAGAUGUUAAACUUAAUCAGAGUAAAUUUUUGCAAUGAUCUCAUUUAAAUUUAUGAGCUUUUGAGUUACGAAUCGCAUGUAAUGCUAACGACCUGUUGUAAAUGUAUAUAUUUAUAUUUUAUAUUUUUAUAUUGUCAUUGGAAAGUGUAGUUGGAAAAUAAAUAUCACCCAACAAAUGCAAUAGUGUAUUUCUUUACAAAACGGGAGACUAUAGGG